UAUAAAGUGGCGGGUACUAAAUUGGAACAGACACAGUUGCAUCGUCAAUUCUCCACUAGCAACAUGAAGUUUCUGGUUUGCACUUUGCUCUUAACAUCGGCAGUUUUCGCCGAAGAAACCGCCAAGAAGAAGCGCGGUCUGCUCCUUGGAGGCGGUGAUUUGGGCGGCCACGGCGGUCUGGGUGGCGGCAUCUCUCUCGGCGGACACGGUGGCGGCCUAUCUCUGAGCGGUGGUCACGGCGGAGGCUUAUCUCUGGGCGGUGGUCACGGCGGAGGCUUAUCUCUGGGCGGAGGUCACGGAGGACUCGGUGGAGGAUUCGGAGGCGGCAGCGGGGGCGGCUUCGGCGGCGGCGCCGGUGGAGGAUAUGGUGGUGGCGAAGGACACAUAACCCACAUCACCCUCCAUAAAACCAUUUCCGUGCCCAUCCCACAUCCAGUCCCAGUUCCCGUUGAGAAGAAAGUACCAGUUCCAGUCAAAGUACCUGUACCAUACAAGGUUGAUAAGCCCUACCCUGUUCACGUGCCACAACCCUACCCAGUACACAUCGACAAACCAUACCCAGUCAAAGUGGAGAAGACCAUUCCUUACCCAGUCAAAGUACCAGUCAAAGUACCAGUACCAGUCAAAGUCCCAGUGCACAUCCCCAAACCAUACCCAGUACCAGUCCACAAACCAGUCCCAGUGCACAUCCCUGAAUACAACAUCGUUAAGAAGCCAGUACCAGUUUUGGUAAAAGGACACGAUGGCGGUUUGGGCGGUGGUCUGGGCGGCGGCUUUGGAGGCGGUGACUUUGGAGGCCAUGGUGGAUUCGGUGGAGACUUGGGCGGCCAUGGAAUCGGCGGCGGUAUCGGCGGUGGAUUCGGCGGACACGAAUUGUCCCUCGGUGGUGGUGGUUUUGGACACCAUUAAUGCAUAAAUGUGAUAUUAAUUGCCUCUGUUCGGUUUGGUUAUUUUUGUUAAAUUGUUAUUUAGCAAAAAUAAUUAAAUUGAUUUCUUGUAAAUAGUACUGAUCACAUGUCAUUCAUCUACCAUGCACACGUUGUCCAAAAUUGCCAUUUAGAGGAGACUUUAAUAUGGUUAGCUUUACUUUGUGAAGAGUUUCCAUAUUAAUGUGCAACCAGAAAUUAUUUGUUGCGCAACUGCGUAUUUUGUUCAAAAAUGUUAGAUUUGUUAUGACGUAGCGAUAUUGUUUGGUCUCACUUUAACUGAUUUUCUCUAAUAUUUCGGUAGUAACACUUAAGUUCUUUUCCUUUGGCAAACAAUUCGCAAGUUUAACAAUUGAACAUAUUUUGAACAAACUGAAUUUGCAACAUGUGUCAUUUUUCAUUUCAUCUUGAUCACCUAGUUUUGUUGUAUUUACAACCUUAUUUUUUAGUUGUGCAAUAAACCUAUUUUUCUAUUUAAAAUUUUGUUUUUCUUAUUGAAUUCUUAAACACUAUUAAUCACUUGCAUAUAGCUAGCUCCAAAAUAAUAUAACCAAUUCUUUUUAAGUGCCAACGGACACUAAAAUGUGUAUUGAAUAAACAGUAACAGGGAUAAGAA